AUGGGUGUGGUUGACAUUGUUGUUAUAUACGACGGAGAUUGUGAAUUUUCAGGAGGAAUUUACAAAUUCAUUGGUGGUACUGGGAAAGGUGUUGUAGUGAAUGAGUCAAUUUCCUAUGAGGAUUUUUUGGAGAAGAUAUACAAGAUUAUGGGAAUUGAUCGAACUUCGAAUGAGUUGGUCAUGAAAUUUGUAUAUAACACACAUUUCCAUAUGGAACCGUUGGUUGUUAGCAAUAAUGAUGACUUGCAAUUCUUCAUAAGGCAGAACGAUGAUGCACGGCGACCUGACGCUUCACGAAAAUCGGGUACCCCACUAUGUAUAACAGUCAGACCAAAAGAGCAUCAACAGUUUCAUUCACAAGAUGCAAGUUAUGUUCCUAAAACUCAACCUUUUGUUGGACGUGCCAGAAAUUGGAUUGAUGAUUUUCCUUGUUUAAGCCAAUUCGAAGAAGAUUUUGAUGAUGUUAUAGAUGGCCAGGGUCGAGAAGAUAAUAUUAAUGAUGAGUACGAUGAUGACAUUCCAUUAUAUGGUGUCGAUGCAGGUGAUGAAAUACCCCCACGCACUUUUAAUUAUGUUGUUGAUGAUGUUGCUGCAGUUAAUCAUCCCAAUAUGCAGACGGGUGAGAACAUUCAGGUUGGGCAAUAUAAUGGAAGCAAUACUAUUGACCUCAACAGCGAAUCAUCCGAGACGUUUGACGUGGGGGUGAUUUUUACAAACAAGAAAGAGUUACAUAAGCAUAUAUCCCUCUAUGCUAUUAAGAAGAACUUUCAAUUCCGGGUGGCUAGGUCGACAAAGUCAUUGCUUAUGGUCGAGUGUGUUGCAACUGGAUGUCAGUGGCGUAUGAGAGGGAUAAAGCUAAAAGAAACUGAACUUUUUCUUGUGAAAAAAUUCAAUGAUACUCACACAUGUUCGUUGGAAUUUGUGAAUCAUGGGCACAAGCAAGCAUCAGGGAGGGUGAUUGGUGAUUGCAUCAAGGCCAAAUAUGAAGGUGUUGGGCGUGUUUACCGACCAAAGGACAUAAUACAGGAUAUGAGAAGAGAAUAUGAAGUUAAUAUUACCUAUGAUAAGGCAUGGAGGGCUAAAGAAUGUGCUCUUGAUUCUCUUCGUGGUUCACCGGAAGAAUCAUUUGCUUACUUACCUCAUUAUUGUGCUGUAUUGGAGAUUAAUAACCCUAGUACAACUACUCAUAUUGAGUCUGAUGAUGAAAAUAUAUUGAAGUAUUUUUUCAUGGCUAUUGGUGCAAGCUUACGUGGAUUUCAGAGCUCUAUGCGCCCUGUUAUCGUCUUUGAUGGCACCCAUCUUAAGGGUAAGUAUUUGGGUACACUUUUUGUGGCAACUGCUUUGGACGAAAAUGAGUAA